UCUAAAGCAAAGUCGGCAAACUUCUCCCCUUAGCUCAUCGUUGAAGACUGCAAAACCCGAAGCUCCAUCGACCAAGGCCGGCGUCAUGACUGCACCGGAGAACAUGGAUUUGAUUCCCGGCCUCCUCGUCCCUUACAAGAUGGCAAGUUUCAGCCUCUCACACAGGAUAGUAUUGGCACCAAUGUCCAGGCUGAGAUCUCACAACUUCCUAGCUCAACCUCAUGCAAUCUUGUAUUACUCCCAAAGAACAACACCGGGUGGUUUCUUGAUCGGAGAAGCAUCCGGCAUUUCACCAACUGCUCAAGGGUACCCAAACACUCCCGGAAUAUGGACGAAAGAACAAGUGGAGGCAUGGAAGCCAAUCGUGGAUGCUGUUCAUAAGAAAGGUGGCAUAUUCUUUUGUCAACUAUGGCACACCGGCCGAUCAUCUGAUAAUUCCGAGGCAUCUUUUCCAGCUCCCCGUCGAUUAACGACCCAUGAGAUAACCCAAGUCGUAAACGACUUUAGAAAUGCAGCUCGAAAUGCCGUGGAAGCUGGUUUCGAUGGAGUAGAGAUUCAUGGAGCUAAUGGAUAUCUGAUCGAUCAGUUCUUGAAGGACCGAGUGAACGAUAGAAAAGAUGAGUACGGUGGGAGCUUAGAGAAUCGUUGCCGCUUCCCUCUACGAGUAGUCGAAGCAGUGGCCCAUGAGAUCGGUGCCAACAGAGUUGGCAUCAAACUAUCUCCGUUCGCCGAUUCCGACGUCAGCGUCGACUCGAACCCGGAAGCCCUCGGCCUUUACAUGGUCACGUCAUUGAACAGAUACGGGAUUUUGUAUUGCCACAUGAUGGUGCCAAGGACGAUGAGCACCCUAUUCGAGAGUAAAGAAACAGAGGGCAGUCUGUCGCCGAUUAGAAAUGCUUUCGAAGGGACAUUUAUCGUAGCCGGUGGAUACAACAGGGACGACGGAAACGAGGUGGUUACUAGCGGCGGUGCUGAUCUCGUUGCAUUUGGACGGUUGUUUCUGGCGAACCCUGAUUUGCCAAGGAGGUUUGAGCUCAAUGCUGAGCUUAACAUGUAUGAUGAAAACACCUUUUGCACUCCUGAUCCGGUUGUUGGUUAUACGGACUAUCCGUUUCUCGAAACCGAUAACUAAGUUUCAUUUUUAUACGCAUGUUAUGUUUCAAU